GUCGCUCCGCACGCGUACAAGCGCGCCGCGCCUAGCCGCGUGAGUUGGGGACGGCCCGGGAGACGCAUGGAGGUCAUCGGCGUCGCUCGCCGCGUGGGUCUCGCAGUAGAGGAGGGUCUGCCGAGCGUGGGCACUGAGGGCUCGGAGUGCUUUGGCAUCACCUGCUAGAAGCCUCGCCUCCCAGCCCCCCGGGCCAUCAUGGCCGCACACCUGGUGAAGCGGUGCUCAUGCCUGCUGAGAGAAGCCACUCGCCUAGCGCCUGCUCUGGCUCCAGUUGGCCAGCUGCGACUUGCCAGAGUGGCCCAUAAGACUCUGACCUCCUCAGCCACCUCCCCCAGUUCCUGCUCCCCAAGUUUCUUGAAGGAGCUGGUGCAAAAAGAGCAGGUGUUCACCCCCUUCCCAGAGAAGCAAGAGGUGGACCGGCUCAUCGAGCAGGCUUCCCGGCCGGAGGAGCUGCUCGAGCUCCUGGGUGGCAGUCACAGCCUGAGCCACAAUCACGCGGCACUCAUCCUCAUUCAGCUCUCUCGCCUGCUGUCCCAGAAGCCACAGGACAAGGCCUUGCUCCUAGAGGACAGGCGAUUUCAGCAGCUUCUCCAGCUGGUCAGCAGUCAGGUAUCCUCUGUGUGGCACAAGACCCUCGUGAGGCUGCUGCGGAGCCUGUACAUGCUGGCACUGCCCAGGACCUCGCGGGAGCUGCAGUCGGUGGAGCACGAGGUGCGCUGGCGCCUGCGCAGGCUCAACUACAAGCACUUGGCCUUCCUGGCGGAGUCCUGUGCCACGUCCAUACAAGGGCAGUCCUCCGAGCUGCUGGCCGAGCUCCUGGUGCACCUGGAGAGGCGCUGGACAGAGAUCGAGGACAGCCGCACGGUGGUGACCAUCAUGGUGAAGGUUGGCCACCUCUCAGAGUUGCUGAUGACGCGCCUAGAAGACAAGUGUCUGGAGCUGGUGGAGCAUUUUGGCCCCGAAGAGCUGCGGAAGGUGCUUGUGACGCUGGCGGCUCAGAGCCGGCGGUCGGUGCCCUUGCUGCGGGCCGUCUCGUACCACCUGGUGCAAAAGCCCUUCCCGCUGACAAAGGGCAUGCUCCUGGACCUGGCCUACGCCUACGGCAAACUCAGCUUCCACCAGACCCAGGUGUGCCAGCGCCUGGCCGCCGACCUGCUGCCCCUCAUGCCCAGCCUGACGCCCGGCGAGAUGGCCCGCUGUGCCACGUCCUUCGCCUUCCUCAAGUGGCUCAACGUGCCCCUGUUUGAAGCCUUUGUCCAGCACACCCUACGCAGUGCCCCACACAUCACCGCGGCCCACCUGUGCAGCCUGCUCCUGGCAUUCGCCCGUCUGAACUUCCAUCCUGAGCAAGACGACCAGUUCUUCAGCCUGGUGCGUGAGCGGCUGGGCCCGGCGCUGGCGAGCCUGCAGCCAGCCCUGCAGGUGGACGUGGUGUGGGCGCUGUGCGUGCUGCAGCAGGUGCGGGAGGCCGAGCUGCGGGCCGUCCUGGACCCCGGGUUCCACACGCAGUUUCUCGGGGCUGUGUCCCAGAAGGACCAGAGCACCUUCCAGAAGCUGCUGCACAUCAACGCCACUGCCCGGCUGGAGCGCCCAGAGUACCAGGGCCCUUUCCUGCCAGCCGCAGCCGUGAGCCCCAAACCCUCUGCCCCCGACUGGAAGAUGACCCUCCUGCAACAGGAGCUGCAGCAAGUGCUGCGAGCACUGCUGGGGAGCUCCAGCCUGGGCAGCUUCGGUGUAGCCACGCAGUACGGCUGGGUGCUGGACGCGGAGGUGCUGCUGGACGCGGACGGCCAGUUCCUGCCGCUGCGGGACUUUGCCGCCCCUCACCUCACCCAGCCAGCUGAGAGCCGCCCGCCGCCCCCGGGGGCCAAGAGGGUCGCCAUCCUGCUCUGGGAGUUCCCCAACUUCAACAGCAAAAGCAAGGACCUCCUGGGGCGCUUCGUGCUGGCCCGGCGGCACUUGCAGGCUGCAGGCUUCCUGCUGGUGGACGUCCCGUAUUACGAGUGGCUGGAGCUCAAGUCUGAAUGGCAGAAAGGCGCCUACCUCAAGGACAAGAUGCGCAAAGCCGUGGCCGAGGAGCUAGCCAAGUGACACCGCAUCCCUCGGAACUGCGUGCUCAGGGCUGACUCUGAGGCCAGCGGUGUGGCAGGAGCGGUCACCCUUGAAGACAGACUUCACGGCCCCCUGGCCAAGCUGGAGGUGCCCGGCUGCUCCCCACGAGGGACAAGUCUCCUGGGUAAUAAAUCUUCCACGUUGGUGUCCAGCGGCAGGUGGCUUCCCGGGCCUUGUUACACACGCGCACGUGGGCAGCCCUGCUCUACUUUGGAAGGGAGAACGAGUUUCCAGCCUCUGCUGGCAGCUGGCUGCUUUCUGGGACCUUUCCUGUCACACCUGUGCAUCUGCCCUCCUGAGCCCUGUGCCUGCAGCGUGGCAUCCUGGGGCUCUGAGCCUCGGGGGAUGGGGCGUCUCCCGGGAAAGUGAGCCCCGGGGUUGUCCCUGGUGGCCUCUGAUGGCAGGUGGUGAGAGGCUGAGUGGACACCUGCGAAGAAGAGGCCCACUUGGCCCGAGCUCUGUACAGAGCAAGCCCGGGCCUCCGCCUGACUCGGGCCCACAGAACACAGCUCCCCACCCUCAGGUGGUUGGUGGCGUAAGCUGGGUCCCAGCCUGGCGGGGGCGGGGGCGGGGGCAGUGGCCAGCGCCGGGUCUCACGGCGCACAGUGGGCAGUCUGAGGAAAUAAAGUUGGACCCUGUUCCCUGCUUGAGCUUUUA